GACUUAUUUUGAACCUAAUCAGACAGUAAGGUUGACCAGGUCACGUGCUCGUUUGACGCAUACUGUAAUCAGCUCACUUUUCGGCCAUUUGAUCAUUACAGUCGUGACCUGGGAUUCGUUUCCCAAAAGCAGCUGUUGCAAGUUCGGUCGUAACCAACGGAGUUAAAAACAGAACUUAGGACCAUAGUUGAUAAUUUUGGGAAACAACAUCCCUGGACGGUUCUCGGUUGACUCGAAGACCAUAUGACUCGGUCCUAUUCGUGAAGAAAGCGUUCGAGAAGCAGUUUAAAUAAUUACUACAAAAUAAAUAACAGUCUUGUUGGUGUAACCGAACUUAAAUUAUAACUAAAAAGUACAACAGAAAAAAAUAGUUUCUUUUUAAAAUGUUCUGUUAAGCAGUUUGGCAUACAAUUUAUUAUAAUUUCUUUGAAACAAGUAGGCUAGUGCAGCUGUUAUGUGUGGUGUAACCAGAGCCCCUCCCAUUCCUGGUGUAACCCACAUGUAGCUGUCACGUGACCGUGAAGCAGGAAACGCUGUCUCAGAGACGAACCCUUCAAAUCCUCAUGGCUGUGUUUCAAGAUGCCACUAUCAAACAAUGAAAAAUCUGCUCGACAUAGAGCAAAGGUGAAUGCUGAUCCUGUCGCCCGGGCCAGAUACCUUGCAAAAAGACGAGAGAGUUAUCAGCGAAGAAAAAGAGAGGGAAAGACUAAACAUCCUCCAGUGGCUGAACUCUCUAAAGCAAGACAGGAGGAUCUGAGGCAGAAAUGGAGACUCUACCAGAGAAGUCGCAGGACGAAGAUUCGGAAUCUACCACUGCAAUGCUCCUCUCCGGUUGAGAUGAACCCCCAGUGGCAGCAGGACUUUGCUCCAUACUCUCCCAGCAGUGAAGCUGACUCCAGCUCUGCCACACUGGAGAGUCCUGUGAACAGCUACAGCUGGAUUAAACAGGAACCAGAGACCUUAGUAAUCCAGUGGGACAAUGUAAGCACCCUGCCAGCUGCCGCUGAGACCGAGCAGGACAACUCUCCGAGCAGUGCCACUUCCACCUCCACCGUGACACCUCCGAUCAUGGAAGAUUUGCCCAGCAGUGUUAUGCUGAAUGUCACUAAACUCCAGUGUCUGCUGGAGAGCAAACAGGAGAGGAUCGAGGCUCUGGAGAGACAGGUGCAGGACCUGCAGGAGGACCGCAGGUUCCUCCGCUCACAGAUCGAGAACCUCACCAGUGCUCUCUCUGCUCAUCUCUGUCGAGGGGUUUCAGAUGAAACAACUACAAAAAGUUAAUGUCAGAGCAUAAACUCUAACUGAAUGGACUCUUUAUGUUCAAAGUACGUUUGUUUUAUUAUUGUUAUUAAUUUAUGUGAAUGAGUUUAAAAAAAUUAUGUAUUAGGUACUCAAUAUUUUUAUAAAAUGAUGAUGAUUAUUAUUGUUAUUACUAUUAUCAUGAUUAUUAUUGUUAAGGAUAGUUUAAGCACAAGUGAAAAUGCACUCGCCCUCAUGUCAUUUCAAACCUGUGUGACUUGCUAGGGACCUUAACAUUUCUUUAUCUUUUGUUGCUGAAGUUUAUAAGCAUAAGUUUGCUUAUGUUUAUCAAAUAUUAUUUGGCAAAAUUUAGUUAUUUCAGUAGCAGCCGUGACGGUGCCCCACCAAAAUAUUCAUCCAUUUAAAAACAUAUGUGAACUGAAUCAAUCCUUGUAAACUUGUAAAUGUUUUCAGAAUUAUUACACUUAAAUUCUAACAUCAAACAAUUAUUUUAUUAAAGUUAUACUUUUAUUAAAAACAAUAAUGCUUUUAAAUAAAUGUUACAUUUUUGUGUGUGCUAAAACACUUUAGUUAUCAACAAAGAAAGAGAGAGGGAAAACCGAACUAAAUAUAAGCUACAUAAACUGCAUCAAUCCUUGUAAACUUGUAAAUGCGGUCAGUAUUCAGCAAAGUUUUUUUUUUUCUUUUCUUUUUUUUGAGAGAGUUACUAGACUAAUUAUUCUUAAAUCACAAAGUGAGAUGGUUCAUUCUCUCUUUAAAUUUCAAUAGAACAACCAAUAAAAAGUAAUAAUAUAAACAGGCCAAAAGAAAGAAACAUUGACAAAAUAGCCUAUAAAUGAUUAGUUUGUGUUUGUUUUGUUAAAUAAUCUAGUUCAUUAAGCUCUCUUGGUUACUUUUUUUU